CCGUACUAUGUGGUGAUGCUUACCGUGGUAUCUUAUCUGUGCAUGUUAACCUUUUUGUUUUAAUCAGUUUUAACACGCCGCACUUGAUGUCGACGAUAGCACUCAAGUUUUCGCAUGACUGGAAAAGGACUUUAAGUACUACUUGGAAUAUUUAGUGGUACUAGGCGUUUGUUGCCAAAACAUGAACAAAAAAACUCCACUAACCGUCAGCCACCUGUGCAUAGUCUAAAGUCUCGCGGCAGCGUCAUUGCCAUACCCUGGCUGUUGCAUGCGUAAACCAGAUAGGCUAUCCAACAGCUGGGUUGUACUGGCAGAUGAUGACCGCUACCUUUCACCUGACGAGCGGUUCGUAGCCUACUUGCCUGAGUCCAGCAGCUUCUCUAACUCGGGUCGUGAGUGUUUUGUGAUGGGGAACUGAAGUCUGGAACUGCGUAGCCUGUGGUCAGCUAGUUCACCAUGAUGUCGAUGACUUUUGGCGUGUCGAGCCAUGUGACACUGCUGUUUGACUUCUGGGAUGUGCAUGGGCCUGCAGGGAUGGUGCUGUCAGUGUUUGUGGUCUUCAUGCUGACAGUUUUUUAUGAGUUGCUUAAAGUGUGGAGGGUGUGGCUGGGGACUUCCUCUAAGCUGGCCCAGCCUCGGUCUCCGUACAUGGCCCCUCCAUCCACCCGCAGCUCUGUCCUGAGCAGCAGCCCCGAGUCCUCACUGACCCCCAUGGAAUCACUGGCUCCAGAUCGAAACACCAGGAACAGCUAUUUGCUGCACGGUAUCCAGACGGCCCUCCACAUGCUGCAGGUGUCUCUGGGCUACUUGCUGAUGCUGUGUGUCAUGUCCUACAACACGUGGAUCUUCCUGGGGGUCAUCGUGGGCUCUGCCCUUGGUUAUUUCAUCUCAUUGCCUCUGCUGAGACACAGGGUUCAGAUACUGAAUCGCUUCCCCUUCCGGCUUUAA